GUUUAAGGCCCCAAGAACAAGAAAAAAUAAAAAUAAGAAAUCAUUAUUUGGCUGUUACACAAUAACCCCCACACAUCAUUAUCAUAUUUAAAUAUUUAAUUACAUUAUUCUCUUCUUCUGUGUGAGUACCCUUAAAAAAACACAAAAAUACAAAAAAAAAACUCUGAACUUCUUUAAUCUUUAUUUAUUACACACACCUUCAAAUCAAGAAGUUCAUGUGAGCUCUUAUACUAAACAGCCUUUCUAUAAAAAAAAACAUUUUGAAGAUGUCCAAGUUUUCUAUAAUAUUGCUAAUUAGUUUUAUGUUUUUAGUCCUUGCGGCUAUUGCCAAUAACAUAGAGUAUAAUGGGCUUGGAUUUUAUGAGAUCAAGAAAGGUAAUUUCUCUGUGAAGAUCACCAACUAUGGCGCAAGAAUCGUCUCUGUUGUUCUUCCCGACAAAAACGCCAUUGUUGGAAGAGUUGCUAACCGCAUUGCUGGCGCCAAGUUUACUCUAAACGGAACUGUUUACAAACUUGAUGCUAAUGAGGGGAAUAACAUGCUCCAUGGCUUUCCCGGCGAUGUCGUGGCUUCGGUAACUUACGCUCUUCUCGGGCCCAACAAACUAAGCAUGAAAAUGAAGGCCCAAGCCCUUAACAAGCCCACGCCCGUAAACUUGGCCCAACACACCUAUUGGAACCUCGCCGGCCACAACUCGGGCAACAUUCUCUCGGACGAGCUCCAAAUAUUCGCUUCUCACUUCACGCCAGUCGGGAAAGGCCUAAUCCCGACAGGCGAAAUCUCGCCAGUCGAGUCCACGCCGUACGACUUUCUCAAGGCCCGCGCGAUAAAGGGCCCGAUCAAGAAACUUCCGGAAGGUUCCAAAGGUUUUGACAUCAAUUACGUGGUCGACGGGCCCAAUGGGCCGAAAAUGAAGCCCGUGGCCGUUGUGUAUAGUAAAAAAUCGGGGAGGGUUAUGAAGCUAUCGGCAAAUGCGCCGGGCGUGCAGCUCUACACGGGUAAUUACGUGCACGAUUUGAGAGGGAAAGGCGGGUUCGUUUACGAGCCUCACUCGGCUUUGUGUUUGGAGACUCAGGGGUUUCCGGAUUCGGUGAACCACCCGAAUUUUCCUUCGCAGAUUGUUUUUCCGGGAAAGUGCUACAAGCAUUACAUGCUUUAUUCGUUCUCGAUCAAGAAAUGAUCCUUUUUUAGCGUUCAUCGUCGAAUAUUGUACUUGAGUCGAACAAGUUAACUAAUGAUGUUGUUUUGAUGUGAACAUUUGAAACGAGAAUAAGAAUAACCAUUAAUGAUCGAAUCGAACUUUUGAUUUUUCGAAUAACUAUAGCGCUUUAGCUAAAAGAGAAAGUAAAAAGAGAUAGGGAAGAGAGAUAGAAUGCCCUUUAGGCUUUUAGCCAAAAUCAUAAAUGCAAAUGAUCCUUCGAAUUAUAUAGACAAUUCUAUCUGCUACAUGAUGCAUGAAGCACGAUCGACUCACUCGCAUAUUUAUUACCAAGAAAUCGUCUGGAAAAACGAAAAAAAA